GUAUGACUUCUUAAAUAGUGAGGGAAUUGCAGGGUGAAAGUCUAGUCUGCUGAUUUUCUGGGAAAAAGAAACCGAGUCUCUUGUCCAUUGGAGCAUUCUCGAUUCCGUUGACUAACCAACAAACCAACACAAAAUGUGUGACGACGAAGUUGCUGCAUUGGUGGUUGACAAUGGCUCGGGAAUGUGCAAGGCGGGCUUCGCAGGAGAUGACGCUCCUCGUGCCGUCUUCCCUUCCAUUGUUGGACGCCCUCGCCAUCAGGGUGUCAUGGUUGGCAUGGGUCAAAAGGACUCGUACGUUGGUGACGAGUCCCAAUCAAAGCGUGGUAUUCUUACGCUUAAGUAUCCGAUCGAGCACGGAAUUGUCACCAACUGGGAUGACAUGGAGAAGAUUUGGCAUCACACUUUCUACAACGAAUUGCGUGUCGCACCCGAAGAACACCCCGUCCUCCUUACUGAAUCCCCCAUCAGCAGGUUGACCAAGUUCAACCGUGAGAAGAUGACCCAGAUUAUGUUCGAGACCUUCAACACCCCGGCCAUGUACGUCGCAAUCCAGGCCGUGUUAUCGCUGUACGCUUCCGGUCGUACCACCGGUAUCGUGCUCGACUCCGACGACGGCGUCUCUCAUACUGUUCCGAUUUACGAAGGUUACGCCCUUCCUCACGCUAUCUUCCGUUUGUAUUUGGCUGGUCGCGAUUUGACCUAUUACUUGAUGAAGAUCCUAACUGAGCGCGGCUACUCCUUCACCACCACUGCGGAACGAGAAAUCGUUCGUGACAUCAAAGAGAAACUCUGUUACGUCGCCCUUGACUUCGAGCAGGAAAUGGCCACGGCCGCUUCAUCCACUUCUUUGGAGAAGUCUUACGAGCUACCCGACGGUCAGGUCAUCACCAUCGGCAAUGAGUGUUUCCGUUGCCCAGAGGCAAUGUUUCAGCCCAGCUUCUUGGGUAUGGAAUCUUGUGGCAUCCACGAGAUGACCUACAAUUCCAUCAUGACAUGCGACGUCGACAUCCGUAAGGAUCUCUACGCCAACACCGUCUUGUCUGGAGGCACCACGAUGUACCCAGGCAUCGCUGACCGUAUGCAGAAAGAGAUCACUGCUCUGGCGCCUUCCACGAUGAAGAUCAAGAUAAUUGCCCCGCCUGAGCGUAAAUACUCCGUCUGGAUCGGCGGUUCCAUUUUGGCCUCUCUGUCCACCUUCCAACAGAUGUGGAUUUCCAAGCAAGAGUACGACGAGUCUGGACCUUCUAUGGUCCACCGCAAGUGCUUCUAAGUCAACACUAAAUG